AUGGAGCCCGGCACAAAAAUCACCUUCGCCGGCAUAGACCGUGUCGACGAGGUGGCCGCGCUGGAGCAGCUUCCACCAUCGCCUCCGUCUUGGCGGUUAUGGGGCGUGGCGCCGCAGCCCAAUGUCCCCCAUGUCUACGGCGGCGGACAAGCCGUCACCACCUUCACAGCAGAGCACGCGACCAAAGGCGAGCUCGCGUUCCCGGGGGCGGCGCACUCCACCGUGUCCGAGACCGCCGACAUGUUACGGCUGCAAGUGUCCACCGGCGACGAGGCACGGCUGAGCCCGUGGCAGGGCGGGCGCGUGCGGCAGCCGGCGCCGCCGUGCGCCCAGGAACAUCUGUUCCACAAGGCCCUGACGCCGAGCGACGUCGGCAAUCUCAACCGCCUCAUCGUGCCGAAGCAGCACGCCGAGAAGCACUUGUUCGUCAAGCGCAACCCGUUGAUGGCCGCCGGCAUGGGCGUGCUCCUUGACGUCAAGGACGGCGAGGGGAAGACGUGGCGGUUCCGGUACUCGUACUGCUGGAGCAGCCGGAUCUACAUCCUCACCAAGGGCUGGAAGUGCUUCGUCCGGGAGAAGGGCCUCCAGGCCGGGGACACGGUGGCGUUCUCCCGGUCGGCGAUCGGGCCGUACAAGCAGAUGCACAUAGGCUACUGGAAGAAGCAGGAGGAUGUCACGGCCGACGCCAUCGUCGUCGAUUCCCCUGCCGUUAUGCUGUUUGGCGUUGACAUUGCCAGAAGAGGAAGUCCAGAGCUACGUAGCUAG